AUGAUACUACUCAACUCCGAAAAUCAAGGCGAAGAGCUUCUCGCCGACGCUCACGUCUUACCAGCUUCAAUUUCAUUCCUAGGAACAAGAUAUGGCAACAUUGCACCAAUCAUGGCAGCAUUUUCUUCUAGAGGACCGAGUAUCGUAGGACUGGAUGUCAUCAAACCAGACAUAACUGCACCUGGUGUUAACAUCUUAGCUUCAUGGCCAACAAAAACAAGUCCAAGCAUGAUCAAAUCAGACAAAAGAAGAGUCUUAUUCAACAUAAUUUCAGGUACUUCAAUGUCUUGUCCUCACGUUAGCGGCAUCGCAGCAUUGAUUAAAUCAGUUCAUAAAGACUGGUCACCUGCAAUGAUCAAGUCAUCUCUUAUGACAACAGCUUACACAUUGAACAACAAAAAUCUCCCCAUUUCCGAUCUUGCUUCAAAUAACAACUCAUCUUCUGCUAACCCUUUUGCAUUUGGUUCAGGACAUGUUAAUCCCGAAAGUGCCUCUGAUCCUGGAUUAGUCUAUGAUAUGAACACCAAUGACUAUUUGAAUUACUUUUGCAGCCUUAACUUUACAUCUUCAGAGAUUGCUAUAUUGACAAAAACUAACUUCACAUGCUCUCAAAAACAUGUUGUUCAAGUCGGUGACAUGAAUUAUCCUUCAUUUUCUGUUUUGUUUAGCAGAACAGUGCAGAAUGUGACAUAUAAAAGAGUUGUUACAAAUGUUGGAAAAUCAGAAAGUGGUUAUUAUGAAGCUAAAGUUGAAGACCCUAAUGGAGUUGUUGUUAAUGUUGAACCAAGGAAAUUGAAGUUUGAAAAAUUGGGACAGAAAUUAAGCUAUAAAGUUACAUUUUUAGCAGUUGGAAAAACAAGAGUUGUUGGUAGUUCAUCAUUUGGAUCACUCAUUUGGGUUUCUGGUAAAUAUAAAGUUAGAAGUCCUAUUGCAGUAACAUGGCAAUAG